AUGUCUGCCCCCGAACAGGCCGAAUUCACUUUCCUGCCUCUCGGCGCUAUUAUCCAAGAAUUCCGCGUCGGUGGCCACAACAUCGUGUUGGGCUUCCCCACGCAGGAUCAAUAUGUCAAGUACAACACUGCACACUACGGCGCGACCAUUGGCCGUGUGGCCAACCGUAUCAAGAACGGCGUCAUCAAUGAGCUGAAUGGACAAUCGAUCCAACUGGUCAAGAACAACGGACCUAAUGCCCUGCACGGCGGCCCUACGGGCUGGGGUAAGCGCGUCUUCGAUGGCCCGCACACCGUCCAGCGCCAUGGUCGCGAUGCUCUCCUGUUCAAGUACCUCUGCCAGCACGGUGAGGAGGGAUACCCCGGUACCGUCGAGGUGCGCGUGUGGUACACGGCCAGCAAGGAAGGCGAUGCGACCACCUUGUUGACAUCCGAGUACGAAGUCGAGUUUGUCGGCGACGAAGCCGAGGAGACAGUUGUCAACAUCACAAACCACAGCUACUUCAACAUCGGCGACGGUCCCACCAUCACCGGUACAACCGCCCAACUCGCCACAGCAGACUAUCUCCCUCUGGACGACACCGGCAUCCCCACGGGAGGAGUUUCCAAGUUCCCCCGCGAUGUAACAACCCCCUUCACACUCGCCGCGACAGGCCCGCACAUCGACGACGUCUUCAUCAUGGAAACCGACCCAGCCAAGAUCCCGCUCGACACGCGUAGCUUGCCCCUGCGCCGUCUCGCGCAGUUCAACCACCGCAGCACCGGCCUGCAUCUGGAAGUGCACAGCACUGAGCCGGCCUUCCAGUUCUACACGGGCAAGUACAUUGAUAUUCCCCAGAUUGACGGUCGGCCGGCGCAGACUGAGGGAUCGGGCUUCUGUGUGGAACCGAGUCGGUAUGUGAAUGCGAUUAAUGAGCCUGAGUGGCGGAAUAUGGUUCUGUUGAAGAAGGGACAGGUGUUUGGUUGUAAGACUGUGUAUAAGGCGUGGAAGGAGUGA